AUGACUGAUGAACGGCUUACACGAUUUAUGGUUAGUGAGUUUUUUGAUCAAAUGAUCAAAUAUUCAACAGAAUUAUCAAGUGAUAAGAUUAUCAAAGAUAUUCAAUCAUUCAAAUUGACAUUAUUAAAAUAUAUUCUUGAAUCAAAACUUCAACUAACAUUACUCAAAGAUAAUUUUGAUCAUAAAGAACGUUAUAAAUCUCGUUAUGAUACAUCUGAUAUGAAAUUAAAUCUUAUUACAGAACGAAUGAGUUAUAUAAAAAAAACAAUAUCCUAUGAUACAACUGAAAAAUGUGUUCAAUUAAUUGAUACAUUAUUUGAACUGUAUAAUCCUAGUGAAGAAAAUGAAAAAUAUAUUCAAUUGUAUUUAUUUAUUUUUACUCUAAUUAGUGUAUUAGUUGCACUUACAUAUGAAUUAAUAUCUUAUUUUAUCAAAAUAUUAGUGAAUAAAGAUGAACAAUUACAAACAUUUUUGUGUUCGUUACUGUCAAAUUGGAAAGAGAAAACAAACGAUUUAGAAUCAAUCAAAUAUGCCACUACAAAAUUGAAAGACUAUAUUAUUGUUACCAAACGACAAUUAUGUAAAACAAUCGAUUCGAUUAAUCUAACUCAAGAGGAUAUUAUUUCCCAAAUGAAUAUUGACGACUUAGAAUUAUAUAUCGUUCAAAUUUAUCAAAAUUAUUGUAAUUUGGAAAUUAUUUUGCUGGGACAAAGGUAA